AUGGUGCCCAGUAGUGACGACGCCAACUCCUCUAUGGAUCCACGAAAGAUGACGAUGAUGAUUCCCAAGGAUUCCAUUUGCUUUUUACCACAGUACUUGUACUUUCAGGAUGAAGAUGUCUUUCCUGAUCCCUCUGUCUUCUGGCCGGAACAAUGGAAUGGCAGUGAUAGUAGUAGAAGGAAAGAAAUGGAACAGGCCAAUAGCAUGACAUUUAGCUACGGUCCUCAGAGCUGCCCUGGGAAACCCUUGGCCAUGGAAGAAAUCCAUCAGCUCCUGCCGCAAUUUUUGUUGCACUAUUCGCUCCACCCCGAAAUUGAAAAUGUGGGCGACGAAACCGAGCAAUUUGACUAUUGCGUCAUUCUGAAGCGUUCCAAUGUGCGGUUAGUCGUCAAGAAACUAGAAACUGCAACAGGAACUGAGGACAUUUCAGAGAGUUUAUCCGAACAAGAAAUGGCGAUUGCUCGUCGCCUGUAUCAAUUUUCUCCUCCAGCAACAACCAGCCAAGGAAAUGCAAACGGUUCAUCAUGCACUGGAAUGAGCAUUAUUGUACUCCUUCUCUCCAUUCUUCUUGGAGUAAUGCUAUUAGCACCUGUCUUUAAACAUCUUGAUGAUGGGGGGUCAUUGCCAAACUCUCUAAAAACUGCCAUCUUGACAGAACCAAGCCCCAUUGGCUCCUGCAUUUGCGGUCAGUCCAAACGCAUCAAGUUCUUGACGGAGUACCUAGUGAAUCAUACCCAAGACUCGGUCACACUCAUCACAGCCGACGUUUACGACAAAAUCCGGCCAGCGGUUUGGCGUGACAAGGUCCAGGUGAAGUACACCUUUGGGAUGCCACUCCCGAGCUACAAACAAAUAAGUAUUUUGUUGGACUGGACCAGCAAGGCACUGAGAGAACUUCUUCGUAUGCAACCGGACUUGAUCCACGUCACAACACCGGGACCUUUGCUCUUUCCCUCCAUUCUUGCAUCGCGAUUGCUACGAAAUACUACCUUGGUGAUGAGCUGCCACACCCAUCUGACAGCAUAUGCCAAAACAUAUUUACCACCUGGAAUCAAUGUCGUUGUGGAUUGGAUUUUGUGGCGUGACACUGCAAUAGUGCAUUUGUUUGCCGAUGUCAUGCUCGUGACGAGUCCUCAAAUCCGUGAUGACUUUGAAAGGCACGGAAUCGCUCGCGUCCAAGUUUGGCAAAAGGGUGUUGAUUCCGAAAAGUUCCACCCCAAGUUCUUCAGCAGCGAGAUGCGACAGCGCAUGACGAAAGACCGCUCCGAUAAGUUGCUGUUGGUGUAUAUAGGGCGCUUGGCCGAAGAGAAGCGAAUCGUGGUUUUGAAAGGAGUCCUCAAGAAACUCCCUAGUGCCACACUUUGUGUGAUUGGGGCAGGGCCGUAUGGAGACUCUCUGCGAGAGCAAUUUGCUGGGACAGACACAAUCUUUUUGGGAGAAUCGCGAGGAUUGGAAUUGAGUCAAGCCUUUGCCUCGGGCGACGUCUUUUUAAUGCCCAGUACUUCGGAAACUUUGGGUUUUGUCGUAUUGGAAAGCAUGGCUAGUGGAGUACCAGUGGUUGCUGCCGAUGCUGGCGGACUGCAACAUUUGAUUGACAAUGGUCGGACUGGGUUUCUUGUGACGCCCGAAAUUGCUACUGCGUUUGUGGAACGUGUACAAGAGCUGGUCAAUUCAUUUUCUACGAAGGAGGGCAUAAUCGAAGGUGCUCGCAUGGAAACGAAGCGAUGGUCCUGGACACAGUCCAUGACACAGUUGAAAGACGAAAUUUAUCCAAGAGCCAUGAAGAGACGGCUGGAGCGAUUUUGA